GAGGAGGGAGCUGAGCUACGGUGCGCUUCCAGCAGGGCUGAGCUCUCAAUCAAAGCGGGAGGAAGAAAGCUCUGUGGAGACAUGUAAGAUGGCAGAGUUGCAGAUGUUACUAGAGGAAGAAAUCCCAGCCGGUAAACGGGCCCUCGUGGAGAGUUAUGAGAACCUUACAAGGGUCGCUGACUACUGUGAAAAUAAUUAUGUCCAGGCACAGGAUAAAAGGAAAGCCUUGGAGGAAACCAAAGCGUACACCACUCAGUCUCUGGCGAGUGUGGCCUAUCAGAUCAAUGCCUUAGCCAACAAUGUCCUGCAGUUGCUGGAUAUUCAGGCGUCACAGCUGCGCAGGAUGGAGUCCUCCAUAAACCACAUAUCUCAGACGGUGGACAUCCAUAAGGAGAAAGUCGCUCGGCGAGAGAUUGGGAUCCUGACAACUAAUAAGAACACAUUAAGGACUCAUAAGAUCAUCGCUCCACCCAACAUCGAGCGGCCGGUGAGAUACAUCAGAAAACCCAUCGACUUCACAGUACUGGAUGAUGUGGGCCAUGGAGUAAAGUGGCUUAAAGCCAAGCAACACGGCAACAAUCAGUCAAUCAGAGGAGGAACUCUGUCCAGGACGAACCCACCGACACAGAAACCUCCCAGUCCACCGCUGACAGGACGAGGGACGCUUGGGCGUAACACUCCCUAUAAAACUCUGGAGCCUGUGAAACCUCCUACAGUACCCAAUGAUUACAUGACGAGUCCUGCUCGCCUGGCCAGUCAACACAGCCCGGGACGCACGGCAUCUCUCAACCAGAGACCCAGAACCCACAGCGGCAGCAGUGGGGGUAGCGGUAGUCGUGAGAACAGCGGCGGCAGCAGCAUCAGUAUUCCCAUCGCCGUGCCGACUCCCUCUAUUCCCAACCCAAUCCAAGCCUCGCCCAUGUCAUGGGCCGCUCCUACUGGAGCUCCUCCCCCAGCCCCUCCUCCUCCACCCCCAUUCUUCGGAUUGGGUCCACCAAUGCCGGCGUCUGUUAUAGCUUUUGCCCCUGGGCCUGGUCUGGGGCCCAUUCCCAUGUCGCAGUUCGGCACAAUAUCUCGGCAGAUAUCUCGACACAACUCCACCACCUCCUCUGUCUCCAUGGUUUCCGCCACGGGCACGUACCGCCGAGCGCCGUCCGUCUCUUCGCAGUUCUCCCUGCAGCAGACGCAUGUUAACGGGGGCACGCACGCAAUGUCUAUAGCCCCUCCACCUCCGCCCAUGCCCCAGCUCACCCCACAGAUCCCCCUCACAGGCUUUGUGGCCAGAGUACAGGAGAACAUUGCAGACACCCCGACUCCACCACCUCCCCCUCCCCCUGAUGAGGUGCCCAUGUUUGACGAAGCUCCGCCUCCACCCCCACCGCCACCUGCCGACUAUGAAGGCGAAGAGGCAGCUGUAGUGCAUUACAGCGACCCCUACGCAGAUGGAGACCCGCAGUGGGCUCCGAAAACGUACUUUGAGAAAGUGGUGGCCAUCUACGACUACGCCCAGGAUAAAGAAGAUGAACUGUCCUUCAUGGAAGGCGCCAUCAUCUACAUUAUCAAGAAGAAUGAUGACGGCUGGUUUGAGGGAGUUUCCAACGGUGUCACCGGUUUGUUUCCCGGGAACUACGUGGAGUCCAUCAUGCACUAUGCCGACUAAAGGGACCAAACUUCUUAAUCCUAUCAAACAAUUAUCCAAUCUUGACAGUAUACAAAUAUAGAAGGUUGGUAGAAUGUUUUUUUGAUUUUCCUGACAAAUAGCAAAUUGAAAUCAAACCUCUAUGAACUUUAUAUUGGGAUGGAUGGGGGUAAACAGGAUGGACCAACAAUUCCAAAAUCUGAGGUCCGUGUACAUAAAAUGAAAGUUUAUCCGGCUGUGGUGGGGUUUCUGUAGUGAAUGUCAAUCACGGUAUCUUAAGCAGUCACAUGUGGACAUGUACAGUAGAUGAUUGUCUUUGCUUUUACUGCGUUUCGCUUUUUCUUUACCUCCCCUCUACAUGCACAUUCAUUUCCACAUAUCGGACACAAAAACCCUUUCAUUUAAGACCUUUUAUCCAUCGCCCAGAAUCGUAACUUAAGGCAUGCGUACAAAAUAAAAAAAAUGUAUUUGUAACCUGAUUAAUUCCAUUCUGCUUUUAUCGUUGUUAUUAUUUUCAGUACACUCUUUGAUUUUUUUUAUAGCAACAUUUGUAGAAUACUUAUUUUUAUGCUCAUUUUGUUGAUAAUCAUCUUUUUUUUAUUUGGAUAUUGGAUGCACAUAACUUUAUUUUGAAGCCUACAGCGAGUCGCCAGCCGUUUUGUAACGAUGAAUUUAAAAAUGAGAAGUAUUUGCAUCAUGAACAAACAAACAUGUAGAUAUCUUUAAUACGUUGGCUGUAUAAGUAUCUAAAGGUCUCUCAUCCACACAACUCCUACGAUGCUGGACUUAAUACUUUAUUGUGCCAUGAUCUGGAACAGGUAACUGCCGUGUUGUAUUUGACAGAAAUGAGAGCUUUUGUGCUUUCAACUGAAAGGCGUCGAUCACAAUUUUAAAUCGGAUCUGAACCGGUCUAGUCACCUAACUCAGGUCUUAAUUCCUCCAUUUUAAGAUUUUUUGUCUCCUUAAAUUCUAGGAAUCAUGUUUUUAGAGUACUGAAUAUAGUGUUUAAGCACUAUGAUUUCACGAAACUACAUCCGACCACUGUCGAUUCUUACAGAAAGCUAAUGUCUUGAGACAUUUCUCUCGUCUUUCUGAAACCUCGAAGUGUUCCAACUGAUUUCCAUCUGGGUUAAAGCUCAUCUCUGCCCAGAGUUAGUAUUUAUGAUAUGUUAAUUGAAAUGUAAUUGUACAGUCUUUUAUAAUAAAUCAUUCUAUGUAAAA